AUGGCACACAAGACUCCCGCAACGGCCGCUCUGCUCGCCCAGUCUCUCGGUCCCGACCUCGCCCCGCUCGUAGGCGAACGCAGCGUCUCUGCCACCCCUGAGCCCGCCGCCUCUUCUUCGAGCACGGGCGCAGUGACAGCCGAACAAGCAGUCGCGCAACAAGCCCCCAUCCUCUCGUCGCACUCGAUCCCCUCCUCCUGGUUCGAGACCGUCUUUGGCCAACUCGGCUCGUACCGCCGUCAAGUCUCGUUCCACGCUCUCGCACUCGUCGUCGCUACCGUCGUCCGAUCCCUCUGCUUCACCCGCCCCGUCUUUGGAGGGUAUCUUUUGGAGGAACUCGCACCGGUGGAGAGGGAGGGCGUCAGGUGGGCUUGGAUUGUCGGGACGCGCGCGGCGGAGAUUGCGCUGGGCCAGUGGGCUUGGAGGAGGGUCAGGGGACUCGUCAAGACUGACGGAGCCUUCUUCGGCGUCCUCUUUGCCCUCGUUUCGCGCAUCUCGCUUUACACCUUCGAGCACCACUACUUCCUGCUCUCCGCGCAAACCGUCUUUGUCCUCCUCCUGAUCGACCUGAUCUCCUUCGCCGCCGCCUUCUCCCUCCUCCCCUACUUCUCCCCUCCCACCCCCUCCGCCCGACCCGUCCUCUCCGCUCUAACCCGCCUGCGCCAAAACCCCGAAUUGUGGAUCAACGUCUUCCUCGGAAUCGCGAUUGCGACUUUUGGUGCGGGAGUGGCGAGUUUCGUGCUUGAGAGGGUUGGGGGACAUGCGUGGGUUGAGAGCGGGACGAGGGAGGGGAAGGUCCCGAGUUAUCUCCUCAGCGACCAGUUGACGACGGGCGAGAUCCUCUCGCACCCAACAUGGACCGUCCCGACCCUCCGAACCUACUCACACCACCCCUCUUCACUCCCUUACCACCUCCUCCACUCUCUCCUCCUCACUCUCCCGCUCCUCCCUCUCCUCUCCUCCCUCCCAUCGCUCUCUCCCUCCCGUCUCGCCGCACUCGUCUUCACCGCGACUGCGAUUCCAGGAACGGUUUUGCUGUGGGACGUUUUGCCGGUCAGUGGAGUGACGGCGCUUGGAGUGGGCGUUUGGAUGGGAGUUAGGAAUGCGAGUGUGGCGGCUGGGUUGGGAUGGGUUUGUGAGGAGUUGAGGAGGGUCAAGGUGACUCGCCCGAUCACGAUGGUCCUCCAAGACCCCCUCACGAACGAGAUCCUCGCCACCACGACCGCCGUUCUCGAACUCGACGCGCGUGGGCAGAUGAAGAAGGAUAAGGAGGGGGUGACGGAAAGGAGGAGGGUAAGAGUUAGGGGAGAGGUGGAGCUUUGA